UCUAGUGUGGAGUCGAUUUCAAGAGAAGUGGGUUCUGUUCAGUUCAUCUCAGAUUUCCAGAUUUUAUUUGCAAUACCCGUUUGGCAGUUUCAUAGAUACGUUGAUUUUGAUGAUGAAAGAGAUUGUAUUACUGUAGUUGUAGACAAAUGUUCAUUACUUCAGAAUCCCCCAACCUUCUUUUUUUUUUUUUGGUGAAAUCUCUCUCUCUUUCUCGCUGCUGAAUAACCGACCAGCCGCUACUCUGUAAAAGGUUCUUUUCCCUGUCAAGUGUCAUAUCGUCCAGACCCUUUCUGCUCUCUUACUCAACCAGCUUCUCUUCCUAUUGCAGAAACCUCCCACCUCUCUCACCCACUUCGCCUUUUGUCUUGGUUUUUUACCCUUUUUUUUCGCAUUUUUUUUUUUUUUUGGCUUUUCUGUUGCUUUGCGGAGUAUGAAAGGAUCCAAUUUUAAAGGGGUUAUGGAAAAUGGGAACAAGGAGGCGAUCGAUUGGGAGUUGAGGCCUGGUGGUAUGCUUGUUCAGAAGAGAGACGAUGAGGUUGAUGCUUCUGGACCCACGAUCAAGGUCAAGGUUUCUCAUGGCUCUUACCAGCACGAGGUCAACGUCCCGGCUCAAGCAACUUUUGGGGAAUUGAAGAAGGUCAUUGUCCAGGAGACUGGUUUGGAGCCUAAAGAACAGAGGCUGCUAUUCAGAGGGAAGGAAAAAGAAGAUGAUGAGUGCUUACACAUGGUAGGUGUAAAGGACAUGUCCAAGGUGGUACUCAUGGAGGAUCCUGCUAGCAAAGAGAAAAAGCUUGAUGAAAUGAAGAGGAAUCAAGAGAUAUCAAAAGCUUGUGAGGCUGUUGCUAAAGUUAGAGCUGAGGUUAACAAGCUCUCUGAAAAGGUGGCUGCCUUAGAGGCAGCUGUGCGUGGAGGUACCAAGGUUGCAGACAAGGAAUUUUUUGUCUUAACAGAGCUGCUUAUGGUACAAUUACUGAAACUAGAUAGCAUUGAGGCUGAAGGAGAAGCAAAAGCGCAAAGACGGAUUGAGGUUCGUCGUGUGCAGAGGUACGUGGAGACACUCGACGUUCUAAAGGCACGAAACUCCAACCCUUUCAGCAGUGGCAGCAAUGCUGUGUCUGUGACUACCAAAUGGGAGACAUUUGAUUCUGGUGUGGGAAGCCUGAAUGCUCCACCCCCAAUGCCGUCUUCUGCAAAAGCAACCAACGAUUGGGAACAGUUUGACUAAUCUGAUCUGUCUGCGGCUAUCCUAAUUUGUAUACAAUUCCUAUGCGAUACCUUAUGCUAUGGCACAUGUAAAACAUUUUAUACUGUUUUUUUCUGGUGCCCUAUGUACAAAUCCUUUCGGUUAGGAAUGGAGGAGAGGCAUUGAGAAUGUGGAAAAAAGAAAAAAACUUCACUUUCUUUUGAAGAGAAGUUGAUAUUUGUACA